AUGGCACACACUAUUCGUUGGGGUAUCAUGGCCACUGGCUGGAUCGCAAACACAUUCGUCCGCGAUCUCCUCAAAGACCCCAAAGCCCGCGACGCCUCAGACAUCGCCCACCAAAUUGUCGCCGUCGCAUCCUCCUCCUCCAAAGACAAAGCAACCCAAUUCAUCACCACCCUCUCAAUCCCAGACCCCUGCACGGCCUACUCCACCUACGAAGACCUCGUUGCAGAUCCCACCGUCGACGUAAUCUACGUCGCAACCCCGCACUCGCACCACUUCCAGAACGUCAUGCUCGCCCUGAACGCGGGCAAGAAUGUGCUCUGCGAAAAGGCGUUUACGGUUAAUGCGGCGCAGACUAAGAUUCUGUGUGAGACUGCCAGGGAGAAGGGUCUUUUCUUGAUGGAGGCUGUUUGGACACGGUAUUUCCCGUUGAGUGUGCAGGUUAGGGAGAUUAUUCGGAGCGGGGAGAUUGGGGAGGUGUUGAGGACGGUGGCGGAUACCAGUUUUGGUGAUGAUGUGGAGGAGAAGUGGGGGACGACGCAUCGGAUGGUGAAUCCUGAUUUGGCGGGUGGUGCUUUGUUGGAUUUGGGAAUCUACUCCCUAACCUGGGUCUUCCAAACCCUCUACCACACCCUCCCCAAAGACCAACGCAAACCCCCAACAGUCACCUCCCAAAUGACCCCCUACCACCUAACAGGCGCCGACGAAUCCACAACCAUCCUCCUAACCUUCCCAACCAGCACACCCACCAACACCGGCCACCCACGUGCCUCUCACGGCAUCGCAAUGACCAACAUCCGCGUCGCGGCCGACCCAGACGAACAGGGUACUUCGGGCCCCAACAUUCGUAUCCAGGGUACCAAAGGCGAGAUUCAGGUAUUUGGGAAUCCGUUCCGGCCGACGCGGUAUCGCGUUAUUCCUGUUAAGGGCAAGGGACAGGUGAGAGAGGUGGAGUGUGCGUUUCCGGAUGGGGGGCAUGGGAUGUUUUGGGAGGCGGAUGAGGUGGCGAGGUGUUUGAGGGAUGGGAGGUUGGAGAGUGAGGGGAUGCCUUGGGAGGAGAGUAUUGUUAUUAUGGAGGUUAUGGAUGAGGUUAGACGGCAGGGCGGGUUGGUGUAUCCGGCUAAGAUUGAGUCGACGGAGUAUCCGGUGCAGUUGUAA